ACAAGACAAAGCUUGACACUGUGGAUUCAUUUUUUAGACGCUUUAAUAAAAGCGUGUCUCAGUCACUCAAUGAGUGGUCUCCGCUAACUGGAAGGUCAGUGGUUCAAUCCCCAGUUCUCCCCGGUCUGCAUGUCGAAGUGUCCUUGGGCAAGACACUGAACUCCAAAUUGGCAUAGCCAUCGGUGUGUGUGAGUGAAUGAUGAGGACCUUUGUCUCUGCUCAUCAAGUCGUCUUUUCAGGGUCCGGACACGCUUUCCAGGUACAGAGAGUAGGCUGUGCGUGCAGACAUGUCGGGUCGCUCUGCUGCAGAGAUGGACGACGCACAGGAGCUGCAUGAGCUGCCGACAAAGAAGGCCAAGCUUGAGAUAGACGGUGGACUGGAGAAAGAGCCAAGUGAUUUAGGUGAUGAUGGGAGUCCAGCUGCUGUGUUAGGUUCAUCAGAGCAGGAAAGCUCUUACUCUGCCAUGUCCAGAGCCCAGCUUGAUCCAGGUGAUCAGGAGGAGUCGGACGCAGACAGAGGGACAGCGCCUCAAGCGUGUGGCGACUCCAUGAACUCAUAUGCACAUCCUGCCACAGACACAACAGCCACAUCUGAAUUCGCCCAACAGGUUUAUCAAGGAAGCAACCCAGCGGUGACAUCAUACACCAACCAGGUGGCCUUUCCUCCUCUGGCCCAGUCCACUGUGUACUCAGCCUUCCCCCAGACAGGCCAGACUUAUGGCCUCCCACCCUUUGGUGCUAUGUGGCCAGGCAUUAAAACAGAGACAGGGCUGCCUGAGGCACCCUCUGGUGGCCAGCCUGGGUUUCUCAGCUUCAGCACUGCAUAUACCUCAACCCAGCCAGGCCAUCUGCACUACUCAUACCCCAGCCAAGGCUCAAGCUUCACAACAUCCAGUGUGUAUUCUAGCAUCCCUUCAGCUACGGCUGCCACCACAACCUCCACCACGGUGGCCCACCAGGAAUUUAGCAGCUACAACUCUCUGGGACAGAGUCAGUUCUCUCAGUAUUACGCUCUGCCACCCAGCUACGUGCCUGCCGGCCUGCCCAGCAGCGAUGACCACGGUGCCGUUGUGGGAAUGGCUGGAUAUUCAGCUGUAAAGUCGGAGCAGGCCGCCUCAGCUGGACUUCCUCCCAGAGAUGCGUCUCCCCCAGAGAAUCUCCCGGCAGGUGCAGCCCUUCCUACUAGUGUGGCUCUCCCCACUGGAGCCAGAGAUCAGGAUGAGGUUGGGCGCAGGAACUCUGUUGGCAAAGCCAAAGGGAAGGGCAAGAAGUCUGAUAACUCCCCACCUACUGAGAGUGACCUAGAGCGCAUUUUCCUGUGGGAUCUGGAUGAGACGAUUAUUAUAUUCCACUCACUGCUCACUGGCUCCUACGCACAGAAGUUUGGCAAGGAGCCAGCAACAGUGCUGAACUUGGGCUUGCAGAUGGAGGAGCUAAUCUUUGAGCUAGCAGACACUCACCUCUUCUUUAAUGACCUGGAGGAAUGUGAUCAAGUCCAUGUUGAGGAUGUUGCCUCUGAUGACAAUGGACAGGAGCUGAGUACCUACAACUUCUUGGCCGAUGGCUUUAAUGGUCCAAGUGGUGGAGGGGCAUCAGGAACCACCACGGGGGUGCAGGGAGGGGUGGAGUGGAUGCGAAAACUGGCCUUUCGCUACCGCAGACUAAAAGAGAUCUACAAUAGCUAUAAAGGGAAUGUUGGAGGCCUGUUGAGUCCUAUGAAGAGGGAGCUGCUUCUACGGCUUCAGUCUGAGAUCGAGAACGUUACAGACGCGUGGCUCAGCACAGCGCUCAAGUCUCUGCUGCUCAUCCAGUCCAGGGGGAAGUGUAUGAAUGUGUUGGUCACCACCACUCAGCUGGUUCCAGCUCUGGCGAAAGUGCUGCUCUACGGCCUGGGAGACAUUUUCCCCAUCGAGAACAUCUACAGUGCCACAAAAAUAGGGAAAGAAAGUUGCUUUGAGAGGAUCAUCUCUCGCUUUGGGAAGAAAGUGACUUAUGUGGUGAUUGGUGAUGGUCGAGAUGAGGAGUUUGCAGCAAAACAGCACAACAUGCCUUUCUGGCGGAUCUCCACUCACGGCGACCUUGUGUCCCUGCACCAAGCGCUGGAACUGGACUUCUUGUAAAGGAGGCGGCGUUGAAUGUCGCACACUAAAGGGAAAAUGUCGUCAACGUCCUGUUGGUUUGUGGAGUGACAUUGUGCGAGAAAAUCCUCCACAACCCCAACGAUACACACUCGCAUAUUAGAAACACAACUAAUGACUUACUGUGUGAUGGUAAUGUACUGAGGCGGACUUUGGGUCGGAGCUGACUGUGAGAAACACAAACAAGACUGGAUGCAUCAGUCGGCUGAAUUAAGGUUCCUCACGCCCUGCACUCCCUCCUCUACGGCAGCUAACCUCAACGCGGCUGAAACUGGCACUGAUUUAGACACAGAAGGGAAGACAUUUAUCCUUUGGUAUUUAUCUAAUUUUCUUUAAGUAUCAAAAUCUCCUGCAGCGAAAACAAUCCCUCCACUUUUUAUUUCUCUUUCUGGAUUUAAAACAACGAAAGGGCCGUUGUUGUGUAUUGCCUGUCAUUCUCUUUCGGGGUUGUAGCUUUUUAUUUAGUUAGGCUCUGUAUAAUUUGAAAGAAAAACAUCAAAGCAAAUGUGUUCUUUCCUGGUUGUUUUGCACUCAUUCAAAGACUUGAACGCAUCAUCUUGCUGUCUUGUGUGCAAAUCACCAACUGAGUCAAGUAUCAAACAAUACCAUUCUUCUUUUUCUGUUUGCUUCCCAUGGAAUCAUUCAACUGAUUACCUUAAUGUACAAUAUGAGGUAAAAGCUUGGUCAUGACCUCCCCUCCUGACGUGACCACACCAUCAGUCAGCUGUCACGACCUCUCCACUUGCAACAGCAGACGCCUGCUUUUUGUUACACACAGUGUGUGUGAUCUGUUAUCAGCAGGCAUGUGCUGAGAACAGAGGCUCCAGUCAAACUUCUGACAAACCUAAACCGACCUCUCUGUAUGACUCAGUAAUGUGAAAGAUGGUAAGCAGAGCAGGAUGCACUGAACAACAACCAAACGCUCAUCCAUUUCAGCAAUGACUCGGGAGUUUUGCAGUAGAGCUGCACUUUUGUCUAGUAGUAGUUUUAGUAAGGCAAUGAAAAGCAUAACGUCACGAGAAUAACAAUAAAAACAUUAGCUGUGUCCCAAAUCCACACUACAUGCUAAUUCUAAACAGUAUGUACUACGUACGAAUCGUCAGACUAAACGGUUUUAACAGUAACUGUGGGUAAGCUUCAUUUCCUUUGCAUUGCUUUGUGGGAGAAUGGUGUCAAUCAGCUGCACACUGUCUGGUUUGAGUAAACUUUAUUUUCUGUCACUUUUUUUUUAAUAGUUUUUGUAUGCUAUAUACUUUUAAAAAAAACAGCUUAGAGUGUAGAUGCAGUAUGGAUUUGGGUCACGCUGCUCUUAUGUCCAAAUUUGGUGAAUUUGAAGGAAGGAUUAAAUGUUCUUUAUGGGAUAAGAAAAGGCUCCAUCAGCCAUUUAAAAACCUAAAAAAGUGCUUUGACACAAAGCUAAAAGUAGAACUGUUUUAGCACCACCAACUGUUUGUCUUAUUUGCUCAACUCUUAAUAUUCACACAACAGUAGUGGAUGUCAAUGCAAAUUAAGCUUUUGCCAAUUUUGUAGAAAUAUGGUUAAAAUUUGCUCUAGAUAGAUGGAAACCCAACUACAGCUCCAUCUGCCAAAAUCCUAAAUGAUGCAGAAUCAGAAUUGGCUUUGGAUAAAAACCUGACUAGUGUGGAUCUCUUGUGGCAGGAAGCUUUUAGACCGGAAUCAGACUGCCUUUCCGUUUCUACCGUUAACUAAACAUUGAAUAUCAGCUGCAGCCAAGCGCUCGGUUUCACCUGAAGGAUGUGGCUCCCAGUUAUGUGGGGGAGGGGCUGUUGUUUCAUAAUCUGUCCAUGCUCACACUUCUCACUUUGACUCAGCUAAUGCAUUACUAGGAGGAUCAUCAUCACUAAAGAGGUUUAAUUUAAAAGGUUCCUGUUUAUGAACUGCUCGACAGUUGUGGUAUCUCAUCACAAUAUCUUUUUAGAUCAGUAUACUUAAAUCAGUUGUACAAUUUGAUAAAACCGAGGCAAAGAAAAUAAUUUGAAUAUGUAAAGUAGCAAUAGAAAUACAUUUAAUUACUCUUACAUGUCGUCAUGAUGUUGCUGCAAAAUCAGCUGCUUUUAAAUGUGACUGAAGGUCACAAAGGUCAUUUACCAAAAAGGAAAUUACAUAAUUUGUUUCCAAAGACAUUACUCAACAUGUUUUCUCAGUUGCUUCAGUUUUUCAAGUUAAAUAUAGCUUACAGUCGUUGUAUUAGUUAAUUAAAACUGAAAUAAUUAAUGAUUAAGUAAUCAACAUUUAUUUUAAUAAUCCUUUUAGUCUUUUUUUUUCAUUUCUGGUUCAGUUGAAAGUAUUUGUUUUUCUUUAGCUUUAUCUUUUUUUUUUUUGUUGGACAGUUGGUUGGUCAAAACAAACGUUUUGAAGACGUCACUUUCAGGUCUGGGAAAAUGUGAGGAGCUUUUUUCGUUUUUGUUUUUUAUUCAUUAUCAACCAGAAUUGAGAAACAAAUCCGCAGAUUAAUCAGAGGUGAAAACAGCCCUAAUUUAAUCUAUAAUAUGUAAUAGAAAAAUGCUCAAAGUUUCCCAGAGCCCAUGGUGACAUCUUUAAAUUGCUUAUGUCCGAACAACCAUCAAAACCCCAAAGAUAUAAGAUUUACUAUCAUAGGGGAAUAAAACAAAUGCACAUAUUCAAGUGAUUUCUUGGCAGUUUUGCUUAAAGAAAAAUGAUUAAUCAUUUAUUCAAAAUAGUUGCUGACUAAUCUAAUUAAUUAACAUUGUUUCAGCUCUACGUGAAGAUUGUGUCCGACUUCGAUUUCAGAAUUACAGCUUUGGAUUUUCAUCACUCACGCGCACAAAGGAUGAUGACUGUGCAAUACAUUUCUACUUUGCUCCUUAACUGUAACUUUUAAAGGGAUUUUUCAUUUGUAGACGGUGAGAAAAGCAGGAGGGUCUGUACGAGAUCACGAUUGAACAAUACUGAGCCUGAAGAAGAUUACAUAUUUACACACUUGCAGCUUGACCGUUAAGAAUGUGUAUUUUUGUGUAAUUUGUGUGUCUUGCGUGACUGUGUGCAUAUUUAUAUUGUGCCUUUAACAUCAUCUGUUUGCAUAAUCUCAAAGGGAAAUAUGUAGUCUAAGAUUUUUGUUUGAAACAUUUAUCACUGCAUUGUUAUAUUAUCCAAAGUGUUAUCUUACUUUUUUUUAAAACUUUUUUAAAGUACUGUUGAGACUUUUCUUUUUGUUACUAGAGUUUUUUUUUUUUUUUUUGAUUGUCCUGUCUGUACUGUGUUUGAAAGGUCUGCUUCUAGAAAACAAUAUAUCCAUUAUGGGGGGCAAAUGUUCAUGUAGAUUGCUCCGUGUUUAAAGAAAUCUAUUUUAGUGAAGGGCUUAAGAUGACUAACAGGUACUUUGCUGUCAGAUAUCUCAAUUAUGAGAGACAAUACUUUCAUGCUGAUAAAUCUUCUUGUGAAAAUCUCAUUUCAACAUCACUGUCUGCUUUGUAUUAGAUUUUUGCAUCCUUUUGAAAAGGAGUUUGCAUUUAUUUUGUUGCUGUGAAACGCUUAGCAUUGCUUGGACAAUCAAUCUGUAACACGUGGUUUUAAUCUGAAUGCAGAUCCGAUUACUAAAGUGAAAGGCAGGUUUAAUUAGGUGUGUUUUUGAUUGUUCUGUGUCAUGCUACUACCUAAGUGAGUUCAGCCCAGACAAACAUUUGAGAAAAUUGAGACCAUAUACAAUAUUUUUUUCUUCUUGAAUGUGUUUUCUGUUUAUUUCUUUACUUUGUCUGCAUGUCAUGUCUGUUUUGAAGUAUAUCAUGGCUGUUAAAAAAUGACCAUGUAAUGUUUAAGGGGCUAUAUUCUUCUUUGUGUCCUCUUUUAGUUCUUUCCAAUGCCAAAUACUAUUUUAAAGUGCUGUGUUUUGUUUUUCUGUUUAAAAAAAAAAAAAAAAGUACUUCAUCUCAUUUUCAAGGACCUGUGAGGCCACAUAGGGUCGAGUAGUGAGCCGGAAUGUGAUCCUGUAAAUUGAACACUAUUAUAAUAAUCAAUGCUAAUUUAAUUACAAUAAUCACUAUUUUUCCCUCAGUAGCUGUUUGGGACCUUAACGCAGUCCUGUAAGGUUUUCCUGUGUACCUAAGACGCUCGAUACAGUGUAAAUAAAUUUAAAGAGGCUUCAGA